AGGGAGGUGAAACUAAAAGGUUUGUGUGGAUCGUGGGUAGGUCUGCCAUGCGAUUUAGAGUGCAGAUAGUUGAUUGGCUUUUCCUCCAAAUAGUGUGACUAUAUGUAGCCCCGCUCUGGCCUAGCAUAUUUGCAUACGAUUUGCGAUGCAAACGUACUAGGUCUAAAUGAGGCUAGACCUAGUCAUCCAAAUCGAAUGAUAGGCCUCGGCCAAUAAAAUCACCUCGCGGCUUGUGUCCAAUACGCCAUCUCUUAUCUGACGAUCAAGUUGUAGGCAAAGUAUAUGACUAGACCAAAGUUGCUAGGGUAGAUUGAUGAUAUUUAUAUUUUUCGAUCCUUCAUUCUCAAAGACUUCAGAGUUUGUUCAAGAAAGGAAUUCAGUCAUCGCUAACAAGAAAUAUCAAAUACAAAAUGGGUCAACACAUGAAAAGUGGAAUUCAGUAUUAGUAAAAGUUUUCCAUGGAUGUUUUGCUUUACGAGUACUAACAUUUCUAAAAGAACAGCACGAAUCAGCAGAGCAACCAUUAUUGGUUGAUGAAGAUAAAAUCAUUAAAGAAGCUGACAGACUCUACCUGUCCCACCAGUACAGAGAAAUUUAUAAAGUCCUGUAUCCUUACAGUAGCUCAAGCAGUGAUGAGAUUCUCUGGCGACUAGCAAGGGCUACCUUUGAAGUAGGACGAGCAAGUGAUUCUGAAAAAGAUGCCAUUGUUUGGUUGGAAGAAGCUUAUGGCUAUGUAGAGAGAGCUCUUGGUCUGAAUGAAAGAAAUGGUUCUGCACACAAGUGGUGUGCUAUUUUGACAGACUAUGUUAUGAGAUACAGAAGUAUUAAGGAUAGAAUUUCAAAAUCUGUUGACGUUCGCCAUCAUUUUGAGAGAGCUUUGGAGCUCACUCCAACUGAUGCUACAGUUCACUUCCUAUUGGGACAGUGGUGUUACACUUUUGCCGACUUGACAUGGUACCAAAGAAAAGUAGCAGCUAUUGUGUUUGCAACACCACCCACCUCUACAUAUGAAGAAGCUUUAGAACAUUUUGAAAAUGCAGAAAGAUUGGAUCCAGACUUCUACAGCAUGAACCUGCUAAUGCUUGGUAAAACAUAUUUAAAACUAAACAAUAAAGAAAAAGCUAUUCAGUUCUUGAAAAGAGCCAAAGAAUAUCCACAAAGGACAGUGGAUGAUGAAAAGGCCGCUAAAGAAGCAUCAAGCUUGUUGCAAAAACUUGGAGCAACUAUCUGAGAUAACCAUUUGUGAAUUUAAACACCAAACUUUAUUACUGAUCUAUGUGAUUAGUAUAAUCAUCAUCAAAUUUAAGGAAAAACUAAUGUAAUCAGAUUAUACAAAUUUCGAUAUAAUUUUUGCUGUGCUUUCUUAUCAGUAGGAAUGCUUUUCCUGGUUAGAAAAAGUAAGGAAAGUUUGUUUUACACAUUUUAUUCAUAUAUUAUAUACUCUGAAGUUACUGUCCUUGAGAAUUUUAGUAAGAAAGAUAUUUGAUAUUAAUAAAGUUAGCUCUCUGUAUAAUUGUAUUUGUUCUUAGAAUGAUUAAACAUUUACUGAGUUAUAUAGUUGAAAAAUUUUAAUUUUUGUUUUAUUUGAAAAGUAAAAUAUUAUCUAUAUUACAGUGAUGCUUAACAUAUUAAAGAUCCUAUUAAUUUAAUAUAUCUGAAUUCUUUUUUUUUCUUUUUAUUUUCAUCUUAAAUUAUGAUGUUAUAGUAGCAGUUAAACUCACAUAUAUGCAACACACUAAGAACAAGUAUACAGUAUUUUGUGACAGUGAAAUUAUGUUAUGGGGUUUGAAAUUUGUCAUACAAAUUUUUAAAUAAUCAGAAUGCUAUAUAAAUAUAUAUAUAUAUAUAUAGAGAGAGAGAGAGAAAUAGUGCAUAAAUUGUGUUGUAAGUGUGAUUAUAUCCUCUUUUUCCUGUACAAAUAGAUACCGAAAUAAAUUAUUUAAUAACAA